AUGACAUCCAUGCAACCUUCUUCAGGUCCAAGUUUAGAUCAACUCAAAGAGAAAUACAUCCGUGGUGGCUUGUUGAACUCUCGUGAGAAAACAGGCAACAGGCGAUACUCGAUUGAAAAGAGGACUAGCAUUUCGCGUCCAACUACAAAUAGCCGAAGAUUAAGUUCUGAGAAUUCUAGGGUAUUCUUGAACAGGCAAAGUUUUCGCGACAUAGUUCUCAAAGCAGCCGAGCACAAGCCGUUUCUAGAAAGACUCAACUCCGGAUCUCGGAAUCGGCUCGCUGGGCUAGGACACCAAGCCCGUCUUGAAAAAUUUCGACAUAUUGCAUCCCGCUGGAAGAAUAAGGCCAAUGGCGGCAGUCGCAUAGACACAUUGCCUGAAGUUGACUACGAAGUAGAGAUGCCUGAAAAACCUCGUUUUUGCGCGACAUUAUCGACAGAAGCACAGUAUGCAAUAUUUAAAGGUUACGAAGACGUUCUGGUUGAUAAAAUCUCAUCGUCCUUAACUCCCAUCGAGAAAAAUGUACAUAUAAAACGUAUACCGAGUGCAGCACCAAAGACAAAUUCUAAUAAAUCAUCAUUACCUAUCAUAGAAAAUCAACCAAAUGUUGUACUAAUUGCUUCCUCGCAGUCGAAUGAAGUAGGGACUAACGUCAAGGAGGAGGCAACGUCGGCGCGACUAAAAAGGGUUCGGAAUCAGCGGUACAUGAGCACGCAUUUCAAGCAAGCUAUGAAUAUUUUGGAUGACUUGAAGCGCCAUACUUCUGCAGAAACAGCUGCUGCGGUGGCAGCUGAAGGCAACACUAUUACUGUACAAAACAAUAUCUGCAAGCAAUAUCAAGCUUGGAGCCAACGAUGGGCGAAGCAGUUUGAAUUUUCAUGUUGA